AUGUCGAUUUCAGAUAAGACGCAAGAAGACUUCGUCUCCGAGAAAGCGAAGAGCUCAAGCUCUCAACUUCCCGAAAUUGAAAAGUGCGCGACCCUCGAUACGGUGCACAACGAUGAAGCAAUCAAAGUACUGGCCAACUAUACAGGGGAUGAAACUUGGACCAAAAAUGAGGAGCAGCAGGUCCUGCGUCGCAUCGAUUGGAAGCUGAUGCCGAUCCUGUGCGUGACAUAUGGCUUGCAGUACUAUGAUAAGGCAAUGUUUUCGCAAGCAGCACUAUUUGGUCUUCGAGAAGAUUUACACUUGGAGAUUGGAAAUCGCUAUUCAUUCUCCGCUGCGAUUUUAUACUUGGGUUUCAUGGUGGGAGCUUACCCAGCUAUGACCCUCGCCCAGAGAUUCCCGAUCGAGCGCGUUGCCUCAAGUAUCAUAACCCUAUGGGGGAUCUGUCUGAUCUUGACACCCGCUUGUUUCAACUACAAAGCACUCUACACGCAAAGAUUCUUUCUCGGUAUGCUGGAAAGUGGAAUCAGUCCAAUGUUUAUGCUCAUCGUGGUAAGGGGCUGGUACAAAAAGAACGAACAAGCCCUGCGCAUGGGCUGUACAGGCUACGUCUCGGUCUUCUCGCCACUAAUAAACUAUGGUCUGGGCCACAUAACCGGCUCCCUCUCUCCAUGGAAAUACAUGUACCUUGUCGCGGGCGCAGUGACAAUAAUCUGGGGUCUAAUCCUCGUCUUCCUUCUGCCAUCCGAUCCAGUUCGAGCGCGAGGAUUCGACGAGCGUCAACGAUACAUCGCCGUCGCAAGACUGCGCGUGAACAAUUCCGGCGUCCGCAACACACAUUAUAAAAAAGGCCAAGUAGUCGAGCUGCUCGGCGAUCUAAAAUUUUGGCUAGUUUUCUUCAUCGCGUUUCUCAGCAUGAUCGCCAACGGACCCAUUUCUACCUUUACGCCGAUUAUCAUCAACUCGUUCGGCUUCAAUACGCUCAAUUCGCUGCUUCUAGUCAUGCCACAGGGCUUUCUCGGAGGAUCAUAUCAGCUCAUCGCGCCGUAUCUGGCCUACAAAUUUUCCGAUGAAGGUGUGCGCUCUUGGAUUGUCUUCACUGCGCAAAUGAUCACCACCCUUGCCGCGAUAUUGCUGGUUGUGCUACCGCUUGAUGCGACCGGUGGGCUUCUAUUUGCUUGCUAUAUUCUCCCUGCAAUUGGAGGCGGCUAUGCGGUCUUGAUGGGACUGCAAAUCGCUAACAUUGCUGGUUAUACAAAACGAUCUAUCGCGUCGUCCGGGCUCUAUAUUGGAUAUUGUCUUGGAAAUUUCACUGGGCCACUUGUAUACAGAGAAGCAAAUGCACCUCGAUAUGUGCCGGGUUUUACCACGGUAGUGGUCACUUCCUUCGCUGCUGGAAUAAUCAUGCUGAUCUAUCGAUUUGUGUGCGUGCGCGAAAACCGGAAGCGAGAUCAGUCAGGGACAGCAGAAGGCUAUGAGCAUGCGUACCAGGAUGACCUCACCGAUAAAACAAACCCGCAAUUCAGGUACAUCCUAUAA